CUCAGCCGCUCAGAAAAGUUGUUUUGGUAGACAAUGGCGGACUUGUGGCGGAUAUGGGAUCGAUCCUUCGUUUGAAAAACUGGCUUAUUUUAAGUUAUCGCUGCGUUAGGUGAGGCUAUUACGAGUGCUCGUUGUUGUAUAAUGGUGGGGGAUGCUGUGGGGGUGACUAAUGCCGGGAGAAAGUGGACGGAGUAAGAGAAAUAAGAUGGCGUAGAGGACCAAGCCCCCACUGGAGUGUCUGGACGUCGAGGGGCCGCCGCCGAAGCUAUCAAGAGUCGGCCAGAACUUUCAUUCCCAGUCGCCUCUAGCACAUACCUAGCGAACACCCGGUGUACCAGGCUCGCAGACAAUGCACAACUCGACCAGGUUUCCAGGCUGAUAGUUAUGGCAAAUUGGACAAAUUUGGUGGCGUUUUCCUACAAAAAUGCUGAUGAAGAGUGGCAUCAUCCGUGUGGGUUUCAGCAUUGCAGUGGAAAAGCACAACACGGCUCAACACACAGGAACUUGCUUGCCUUGAGAUAACUUAUCACUCUGUGCCAGUACGCAGUUAAGAUUCUCUCUUUCUCUCUUAGGCUGCCCUGAGAAUUGGCUCAAGUCAAUCCAUGAAGGGCAAAGGAGGACCUGGGAACGGAAAUUUCAUACCAGGAGGAUUAAGAUAAAUUCAUCAUGCCUCGGCUGGGUCUUGGCUAUGAUAUGGACCAGUUCCUGGACCACUGUCGCAUGACCAAACCACCUUACGAGUGCCCCCAUGCAUCAUGUGGCAGAAUCUAUCGCAGCUUGGCUGGGAUUCAGCAUCACAUGACCACUUAUGACCAUGAAAAUCCUCCCCCAAAUGUAGUCACUCCAAAAUCAGCACGGAAGAAAAACAUGAAGAGGCCACCGUCCCCCCUUGCAAGUCAGGAACCAGAACCUCCAUCAAUACCUUACUCACAUGAUAUGAAAACUGUGGAGUUCGAGGUAGAUGGAAAACUGUCUCGACUCUCGGUUUAUGAUCCUAUAGAAAUUCUAUCCAAGGAGGAUUAUGAGGCUUCAAUGCCCCCUAUAGUGGAAGAGCCUCCCCCACAGGAGCAGGCUCGCACACCUUCCAUCAAGCCUCUGCCUAAAACACCGACAUCUAAGGCACCGUCGCCAAAAACCACCAGUGUACCUAGCUCUCCCCUACCCAAGACACCUUUGCAGAAGCCACCCAAGGCUCGAACAAAUGACAAAGACCGGGGAGUGGAUGUACAACGCUAUACCAUCGAGGAGAAAAAGACCAAUAAGCUACCAGAGGCCUCCUUUAGAAUAAUUGAGGAUUACUACAAGAAUCUCCCAGAUGCCCCUCAGCAGCCUUCCAACUACUACAGAUUUAUCGAAAAGAGUUUGGAGGAGCUAGAUGAGGAGGUGGAGUAUGAUAUGGACGAGGAAGAUCGUGCCUGGUUGCAGCUGAUGAACGAGAAGAGAGUUGUCGAUGAGCUAACACCUGUUACGAUGGAAACGUUCGAACUACUUAUGGACCGGCUGGAAAAGGAAUCCUUUUUCCAGGAGGCAAGUUUCUUUGGAGGCAUGGUAAGAGGCACCUCUAUUAUUCUAUAUAAGCAUCCAGGACUUGCACUGAAAAGUGAAGUGUUGGUGCCGAGUAGUAAUGUGGUUCUUCUCGAGGCUUCAACUCAUCGUCUUGUGACUGGCGAGAAUACUUCCCAACGUUGCCAGGCGCAGUGUUCUGGUAGAGAUUCUGGCGUACCCAUUGAUGAAGAUGCCGUUUGCUGCAUUUGUAUGGAUGGAGAAUGUCAAAAUAGCAAUGUAAUCCUCUUUUGUGAUAUGUGCAACUUGGCAGUUCAUCAAGAAUGCUAUGGGGUCCCUUAUAUUCCUGAAGGCCAGUGGCUGUGUCGAAGGUGUCUUCAGUCUCCGUCACGAGCAGUGGACUGUGCCCUCUGUCCCAAUAAAGGUGGGGCAUUCAAGCAGACGGAUGAUAAUCGUUGGGCUCACGUUGUGUGUGCCAUGUGGAUCCCGGAAGUGUGUUUUGCCAACACUGUCUUCUUGGAGCCCAUUGACAGCAUCAGUAACAUUCCUCCGGCCCGCUGGAAACUUACGUGUUACAUCUGUAAGCAGCGUAGUGUUGGAGCUUGUAUCCAGUGCAACAAAGUCAAUUGCUAUACAGCAUUCCAUGUGACAUGUGCUCAACAAGCUGGAUUACACAUGAAGAUUGAUGCUGUGAGAGAGACGAGUGUAAAUGGGACGUCUGUUACUGUGCGGAAAGCUGCAUAUUGUGAUAUGCACACGCCUGCUGAUUCUGAUGCGCGUCCCCAGCUUGAUGAGAUUAUGGACUCGGCCAAGAAAGCCGCGGCAAAGGCAGCUUCGCGGCAAAAGAUGAAGAAAGCCCGUAAGAUAUUAGCAGAGAAACGAUCUGCUGCUCCAAUUGUUUCUGUUCCAACUAUACCAGCUGAUCGUCCAAUCCUCCCCUACUAUUCUGGAGUUGUCAACUCUGUGCCCGUCAUACCCUGUGAAAAUAUUCAGAAAUUGGCAGCCCUCGUUAACAUGCAGAAGCGGUCUCAGUUCAUGCACCGCCUCUUAGCGUAUUGGACUCUGAAGCGGCAGUCACGAAAUGGAGUGCCCCUCUUGCGGCGCCUCACCACGUCACAUUCGCGCCGCAACAACCGGCCAAUAGAAGACAAAUCGCCGUGUUUGAAAGAUAAAGAAAAAGUCACCAGUGAAGCUGAGGGACUGCGAGAGGAAAUAAAGUAUUGGCAAAGAUUGCGGCAAGAUUUGGAAAGAGCUCGGUUGCUUUGUGAACUAAUAAGAAAAAGAGAGAAGACUAAAAGAGAAUUAGUCAAAGCGAAAGCUGAGGAGAAGAAAGUUCAGCUUGCACCAUUUGUACACUUGCUAUUGCAGACGAUAGAUCUGAUUCAAGAGAAAGACCAGCAAAUGAUUUUUGCCGAGCCGGUUGAUUUAGUGGAGGUACAUGACUACUUAGAUGUGGUGAAGCAUCCGAUGGAUUUGUCCACAAUGAGACAAAAAGCGCAGACUCACCAGUACAGAGAUGUCGACCAAUUUGCCAGUGAUUUUGAGCUGAUGAUCGACAAUUGCCUUAUUUAUAAUGCCAAGGAAACUAUAUUUUACCGAACUGCCGUUAAGCUACGGGAUCAAGGUGGUGCUAUAAUUCGUCAACUGAGGAGAAAUGUAGAGAAUAUAGGGUUUGACUUGGAGACUGGUCUUCUCUUACCCCACCGUCCAAAACCUCUACCAGAGUUCUCAGAUAAUAAGAUAAUCAAAGAAGUUGAUGAAGCCCUUGCUGCUGAUGCUGAUGAUACCUUGAGUUUUGAGGAGAGAGAAAAGGCUCUGCUGGAGCUAUUGGAUAAGGCCAACAUGCUACGACACCAUGUAGCUCGUAUUAAACGGGUUAAGCUCAUUAGGAGAGAAAUUGGCAUUGUAAGAAGGAAAUUGGCCCUGAAUCAAUCAGGAAGUGUAAGUCAGAAGGCCAGUACAGUGUAUUAUGACUCUGAUGAUGACUCUGACAAGGAGGACUCUGAUAUUGAUGACAGUUCAGUGAUUGAUGAUGAGGCAGAGCCAGGGGAACCAAGUCGCCCAAGCACUCCACCAUCAAUACCACCACAGAUGGUUGGGUCGCACCUCACCCAUAGUCCAAGCAUGUCCGUAACUCCGACCAGGGUUCGCAAUGUGUCCUUGUCUUCGCCAAUAACAACACCUUCACAGCGCCAACAGCGGAGAGCCGGCAUUAAAGGAACGCCUAAAGAUGAUCCAAAGCAGAAGCAUAUUGAUACUUUUUUUGCCCGGGUGACUAAGACUCCACAGAGGACACUAACUGAUCAACAAGAGCCAGCUCCUGCCAUUGCUGACGAAGCCAAAGCAACAAAGCCAGAAAAGGAGGAUUCUGCUCAGGAAACACCAAAGAAACGUGGACCCGGACGGCCUCCGAAGCGUUCUCGUACCCUCUCUGGACCAUCAGUGAGUCCGCCAGCUAAGAAAUUGGAAAGUGAAUCGGCUGAUGCAGCCUCUCCUACCAAAGAGAGCAGUGAGGAUGGUCCUGAAGAAGAGCCACCUUCAGUGCCAAGUUCGCCCUCUGGCGUCAAUCGUCGUACUUCAGUUCUUUUCACAAAGAAAGCUGGAGCACUGUUUAAGAAGCGGAUAUCUCGCCAGCGUCGGGGAUCUGAAGGUACCCAGGGAACCAAUAGUGAUGCUGAGAGCCAGUCUCCAGAGAAGAAUGCCAAAUCUGUUCGUAAGAAGAAAACUCCUAAUGCAAAGAGUGGCACCCUGUCAUUUCCAGAGGGCAUCUCCAUACUAGAUCUGUCCGAUACUGGAACUCCUCCAGCUAAAGAUUCGUUCAAAAUGUACCGACAAGGAGGAGAAAUUCCUCCUGAAACAGAUGAAGAUUCCCAUUCUGAGUCAAACUCCAGCCUGACAGACACCGAAGAUGAUACUGCCUCUGAAACAGAUUCGGAUGGAGGAGGAAGUGGGAGUGAUUCGAGCAUUGAGGGUGAAUCGCCUGGUUCAGGCCACACUGGAGAUCAGAUACCUUUGGAGCCUCUCGAUUUAGUGUGGGCCAAGUGUCGUGGCUACCCUUGGUAUCCUGCUUUGAUAAUAAACCCCAAAAUGCCUAAGACUGGUUACUUCCACAAUGGUGUACCAAUCCCUGUGCCUCCAGAUGAGGUGCUUGCUCUAGCCAACAACUACCCAUCACCAAUGUAUCUAGUUCUUUUCUUCGAUAACAAGCGGACCUGGCAAUGGUUACCACGUUUUAAGUUGGAACCCCUGGGUGUGGAUUCUACCUUAGAUAAAGCCAAGUUGGUCGAGUCCCGAAAACCAGCAGAAAGAAAAGCCGUGAAGAAGGCAUAUGAAAAAGCAAUAUUACAUCGUUGCCGAGUCACCGGAGAGAACACUGGACUCAGUGGAGAAUCUGAAAAUGAGGAGGCUACUUGAAGCCUAAACAGUGAUAUGGAUUUGAUGGCAUAACACUGGAGAAAUAUAGACGAUUUUAAUAGUUAUAUACAGUAUGUGGUAAUUAGUGAUACCGAUUUUUGUAAUUGUGAGAGUUGAAGAUGAUAUAAGGAGUGUAUACUGUAUAUUGAUUGCAAUGUAUAUAUAAAUGUAUACUGUAUACAGUAUAUAUAUAUAUGCUUAUUGGUAUAAGAAAGAAAAUCAUCAUAUAGAACAGGUAUGGACAUAAUAUUGACUCAUAUUUACGUUGAUGAAUACCAAUAAUAUUUUUUCCACAUUUUGACUGACCCGUGACAAUAUCCUUCAUGUUUAACUUAAGUGUAUACACUGCCAACAACUCAUAAGAUUUAAUCUUUUGAAUCCUUUUUAUAGUUUCUAAAGACAAAUGAUAAUAUAUAUGGAAUUUUAUGACACGAGGUACCUUUCCCAGUGAAUUUGGUGCAGAGUUCGGUGAACUAGUCACAGUUAUUCCAAAAUUAUUUUAUGUUAUUUAUAACAGAGAGCCGAGUCAGCGACGCAUGAUUUUUAUGAUAAGGCAAUCCAUUGAUAAAUUACUUUAAAUGCAGAUGGUAAUUGGUUCUGAUUAACUUUCAGGGGAUAGCAUUGCUUCAAGUAACCUGUGUUACUAAACUAUUGCAAACCUUGAAAAUUGUUAGAAUGUCAGGUUGAUUGCCAAUAGCUAAACAAUUACCCGGCAUUAUUUUUAUACCAUAGGUUUAUUUCCCUGUGGAAGAAUGGGAUAUAGGCAAUGAAAAGCUGAAUUGUUGAUUAUUUCGACAAAAUGCAACAAAAUCAAUAUAAUAAAAUAGGUAGCUUAUCUUUCAAGUAAUAAAACUUUUGGGGUUAUAGGUAGCCAAAUAUGCAUUAUUUGAACAGUAUAUUGUAUCAAAAAUGUGCUUAUCCAAUUAGGAAUGCAAGUGUUUUGAUGUAAUUCAAUUGUUUUUUAGACUUGCCCUCCAAAAAAGGCAGACUUAGAAAUAGUCUUUAUUUUCCAUAGAUGAGAAUGUUAAAAAUCUUAUUUAACUAUUAACAGUAAUUUAGAAGAUAUAUUAUAAGACUGCCUUAGCAUUGGUGUUAAGAGGAUCAUAGAUAGGUUUAGCAUACACGUCUCAGUGGAUACAUAACUAGGUCCUGGGUGGCAGUGGCUUCCAAGUAUGAUUCAGGUAAUGGGUGGUGACUGUGUAUGUCAGCUGUUACGUGUGUAUAAGUUUACAUGCUUUAUGCAGGCGAUGAGUCACAAUAACGUGGCUAAAGUAUGUUGACCAGACCACACACUAGAAGGUGAAGGGACGACGUCAUUUUGGUCUGUCCAGGACCAUUCUCAAGUCGAUUGCGAGAAUGGACCAGGACAGACCGAAACGUCGUCAUCCCUUCACCUUCUAGUGUGUGGUCUGGUUUACAUGCUUUAGUUUAGCUUUGUUCAAAGCUAAUCUUGACACAAGCUUUUCUUUUUUACUUUGUACAACUAAAGAUGAAAGUAAAAAAAAAAAGCUUGAAGGUUACUUUAAAUAUUUCUGAGAAUGAAGCUCCUAAUAAAUUUGUUGUUUAGGUAAUGCAAAAUGAAGUAUAAUCCAACUAUUCUGAAAAAAUGGUGUAUAUUUUACUGCAUUAUUUUUGUUGAAAGAGAUGGCAGAGAAAUGUGAUGCAUUAUUUGAAAACAUAUCCACAUGUUACAUAAACAUAAGUCAUUGUGUAAAUACUCAAAUAUGGUAUACAGUAUCAUUUAUUUGAUGCAUUUAAUUCACAUGCUGUUCUUCCCUGUUUAUAAAUUAAGCCGCUACAGUUUACAGAAGGCCUUAAAACUAAUACUGGUUUUGUUUACUAUUAUAACUGGCUUUAUAUAUUCAGAUGUGCAAACUAUUUCUAGGUUAUUCUACCAUUUGGGACCAAACCUUGCAGGGUAGUAUCCUUGGGAGUUUUUCUUCUUCUGGGGGGAGCCCCUACAGUUCCCCAGAGUUGCCGGGGAGCAUCCGGGACUCGCCCAGAAAAUGCCGUUUCAUUACAUUCAACGCUGGCUUUUUGAAGGGAGGUUGGUGUAUGCCCCCUGAAGUCUUACUCAGAAGGGCUUAAUUAAUUUUGCGUGUAAAACUACUUUUCCCCCCCCCCCCUUUUUUUUAUAAAUUUGCAAUGGGUGGGUGCCUCUCGACCAUCAUGAUUGAUGCACAAUGAAAUUAUUGGAAUAUGAUGAAUCUCUGAGAAAAUAUCGAAGCCAUGUAAUGGGAUCAAACUUAUAUUCCUGAAUUCCACAGGCUUAAGUUCAGGGUUACGGUUUGAUGCCAUUGUAUGGUGUCAGUAUUUUCUCCUUAUGAUUGAUGUUCACUUAAUGUUUCCAAUAACACAAUGCUAAAUUAUAUAAUAUGUUUGUUAUAAAUCUAUGGCUCUGACAAAGGAAAUACUGUACCACGCUUUUUAACAUUAUUACAAACCUAACAUUUGUAUUCAGAUUUUGGUUUGUAAUGUUCUGAUGACUGAAAUAGAACUUAUUAUAGUAUGACUUUAAUUCAAAGUUAUUCUUACCUCCAGAUUGUUGGUAAACUCAACUACUGGUGUAUUAAAGAUGGGGCUAGAAAUUGGCAAAGGAGUUGUAUUCAACACAUUAAUAUUUUUCCUGGUAUUUAUGAUUCAUGUAAAUAGGCAUUUAAUUUUUCCACUUUCACAUUAUUUCAAGGAGAUAACUUAGUUUAUUUGCCUAUUUUUGCUAGCGACUUGAUGAUGCUGUCGGCCACCCACAGUUCCUCACUGAAGUAGUUGGGUGAUAAAUCAUUUGCAACACGUAUAUAUAUAUAUAAGUUUGGUUAUGAUUCCUUAGUUAAUAAGCAUUCUAUUUAUAUCAUCUUUUAUUUUAAGGUUUGAUAGCUUAGAUUUGUUUAGUCAUUUUUUUCUUCUGUUGGCUGGUUAAUGGUAAUUAGCACAGAUGGCGGCAGGCCGCCACCAAACAACACUUCUUCCUGUCGUUCUUUUGUAGAUAUGGGGCUGGAGAUCAUAUAUAAACAUAAAAUUUGUGUUACUUAUGAUUUUAACAUUUAACACAUUCUAUUUCUCCAGUCUUUCAUGUUAUUUAAGAUGGUUUAACAUUAAUUGUCAAGAAAGCAAGUAAAUUCAUUGUUGUCGUAGGUGGUGGCAGUGGGAGGGAGCAGCUAGCCUCCCAUGCCCCCCCGUGCCAUUCUCAUUUGUUAUAUGAUGCAAAAUUUGGUUAUUUUAUUUUUGUAUUUUUUAUAUAUAUAUAUACACAAGAGUUCUUACAUUCUUGUACAGCCACUAGCACGCAUAGUGUUUCGAGCAAGUCCUUAUUCCUAAUAUUCCCUGGAAUACAACCCCGCCAAAUCGUUUAACAACCAGGUACCCAUUUUACUGUUGGGUAAACAGAGACUACAGUUCAGGAUUUGCAGCCAGUAAAUCCGCCCCGGCCGGGAUACAAACCCAGGUCAAAGCGCUCGCGGAACGCCAGGCGAGCGUCUUACCACUACGCCACAGGAACUGCCUAUUCAUAAUUCCCAUCAUUAAACAGUGUUCAAUUCUGUAUUAUUCUGAUUUUAUUAUGAGUAAAAUAGUGUGGAUGUAUUAAUUAUGUGAAGAGUAUAGAAACACAAAGGUAGGUGAAUAGAGUAGGAAGAGGCAGUGGAAGUGAAGCUUGUAGCAGUGGAAGUGAGGAAGUGAGGUGCAAUCUGCUAUUCAUUGUCAUACAAAACUUUUCCAUGGUAUCUAUGAACGCCCCUCGUUAAUAGACAUUGUCAGUACAAUACCGUAAAGUGAAAAAUGUAAGAACCACAGCGAGAUAACUUGGAUAGGCUUACUUCAAUGGGUUGGAUAAUGUUUUUUGUUAUUUUUUUAAGAUGUGUACAUAUUGGCUGCCACUAAGAUGAACUGGGUACUCAAGAGAGAUUCUCAUACAUUUAUGAAGUUACUGGAACUAUGCCUUUUAAUUGAUAAGAGAAACUUUUUCAUUGCUAGUCAUCGUGAAAAUGGUAAGUGGAUAAGUGGUUAAUUGAAGUCCUAUACAUUAGUUUAAAUACUUUACAUUCUUAGGGAAAACUAGUUUAAAUACUGUGGGAAGAAUUGAAGAGUAUAAAUAGAAUUAUGUCAAAUUGUCCUUUGAAGAUACUGUACUUUUGUACCAAAUUUAACAAAAAAUAAUAUGCAAAUAAUAUUAAAAAGGGAAGUGCUUUACACGUACAGUAUAUUUUGUCACUGAAAGCCCAUGGGUUUCUUUACUUGUUACUUGGCUUUAGGAAACUAACUUUGUGGAUUAUAGCAUCAGUUCAGUACGAGCCAAAACAAGAAUAAGUGUGUGUAAUAUACUGCAAUAAUGUGUCUUGGAGCAUAAUGAACCUAAAUAUUGAUCUGCAACUUUCAAAGUAUUGAAUUGGAAUGUAUUCAAAAUAAAUUAAUAAUAUUGCCUUAUCAAUUAAUGUCUUAUGUCAGUAAGUUUCCAAAAAAGUGAGAAGAUGCACGACUUUUUCCCUAGUAUGUUACAUAUAUAUUUUUUUAACGUUUCUUAGUAUUAAUUUAAUAAUCAUGAUAUCAUUCGCACUACUAUAGCACCACAGACAAAUAAAUAACAACAUACUCCAUCAGUCAUCCACAACAGCACACUACUUUUUCAUAACACCAGGUGUAAUAUUCUUCCUAAAUUUUAACACACUUUGCAAACAAGUUUAUCCAUCCUUGCAAGCAGCUUCUAGCCAGGCUCCUUCCUUAUCCUCUUUGGUUAUCCUUGUACGUUGCUAAAAUUACAUUCGACAGUAGAAUCCUCCUGAAUUCAGUUGUCCGUGGGGCGGGGAAGAGGGUCAAAUGUUCAUGAGCAUGUCCCCUCUCCAUGUCAGUGGGAUACAUGUUGAAAAGUUUGUCCUGGUACUUAGGCUUGUAGGAUCACAAUGGCCUUUUCCCUAUUUGUGGCAAGGGUCCAGCCAUAAUAUCAUGCCUUGCACAACCCUACCAGCAUGUUGUGUUAAUUACCGUGGCAGCCAACCUUCUUUGUCUUGGUUUUGAGCUUACCUGUAAAUUAGAGCAAUCCAUCCUGCAACUUAAACACAGAAAAGAUCACCUUUUCCAAGGCAAGGGGGAGCAACUACUGCAUCUUUGCCUCUCAAGAAUGUUAUGCAUGCUCUUGCUGCUUGUCCAUUGCCUCGAACCCCUCUUUUUGGUCUCCUUUCUUAAUGCUGCCGUCCACUCCUUCCCACACUAUGCCUCCUAUAUCUUAUGAAAAUAUGUUCCUUGGUGGAAUUUGGAGUUUCGGUUCUGUCUGCGUACCAAUGGAAUUCUUAAUUUUUUUUUAAGAAAGCCAGUGUCAUCUCUCAUUGGGCCAUUUAUACUGCUAGACACGAGAGUUGUUGCUCUUUUAUCUCUACCAUCAAUGUUAACACCCCCUAACCUGUGUUUCUGGACAAAGAUUUGCAGGAUUGUUGAAAUUUUUUUAACCGAUAUGGCACUCGUCUUGAUCUUCAUAUUUCCAUAAUUGAUAAUCUGGUGUCAGACACGAAUGAGUUUGGUUCACACUCCUUGGCCAUUAGCCUCUUGUCUACUCACAAUUUACACAAAAAUCCCAUACUGAAUCACUUUUUUUUUUGGGGGGGGGGGGGCAUUAAUGCCAGUUUCUAUAUCAUAUCAGUAAUUUCUUUCUUUCUGAACUUCAGUCUGAUCUGUCUCUUUGACACUACAUGGUAGUGGUAUCUCCUCGGCCAUCCGAAUGGAUUUAUGGAUUUCACUGAUACUGCAGUCUUGAUGAUUGGGUUUUGCUGGUUGAUAUUGGCAGUAACAUCAGGAAUAGGCCAGAGAUGAUGGUGCUGACACAACGAACGCAAACCGUUUAUCAUAGUCUUGGUUGGAGCAGGGGUCAGGUUAGCUGUCUCUAAUGCAGCCUGGAUGUGGGGGAAGAACAGCCCCCUGAAGAGCCUCCUCAUUGCUGAAGAGGAGUCGAGCUCCACUGCUGCGGUCAACAAUGUCUCUGUGUAAUGUUGGUGAUUCCAGCUAGAAUGUCAAGAAUUUCUGUAUAGGUGAAGGUUUGGGGAUUCCUCAGAACCACAUCUUUUGUGAAUUAUGGUACCUAUUGAUGUGCACCAUAAGUAAGAGCAAAGCUAGAGCAGUUCAGCUGUUACCCCGCCUCUUUACGGGUCAAAGUAAUGAUGGAAGAAUGUUGCCUCACUGUCUUGUGUGACUCAGCUGUUCCGUUGCUUACAAUAAUCUAUUGUAUACAAUCUUUGAUAUUUUUGGUGGCAAUUAUUAUGGUUUAUUAGAGCAAAUGAUAAAACUUGGUUUUGUGUAUAGUUUUAGCAAAAUUGCUUAAAAAUAUUAUUUUAAUAUAAAAGUCGAUAUUUUGUUAAGGUUUACAAGUUUUUUGUAUCCUGAUUCAAUCCUUUUGGUUCAUCCAGUCUUCCAGUUGACCACAUUUCUAAUGUAUAUUCACCAAGAAUUUAUUAUGAUCCUUAAAAUCAAUAAGGAUUUAGAGUAUGCUUAAAUGAAUAAGGUAUAUUAACAUUUUAAAUGUCACUUGCAACCACUCGUGAAAAUAUUAUACAGUACUAGUAUUUAGAAAUAAAAUACGUUAUAAUUCGUUAUAUGUGAGAAAAAAGAUGAAGUUGUUAAACCUAUUGCUGUACUGACAAGUAGUGUCAUACCACUGCUGUGCAGAGAUAGUUGCUAACCUUAUGCAUAAUUAACUUUGCUAAGCACAAUAGGGUUUUAACUAAUGUUAAUGUAUUGGCUUAUAAGAAAGAGGGAAAAAAUGAGCUUUAUUUUGAUAACCAAUAACCAAUAAACUAUCUCAAAUAAAAACUUGGGUGUUUUAUAAGAUAAGAAACAAACCAUUGCCAUUCAACCAGUCCACUCUCUCAAUACGUCAUUUUUUACGUAUUUAACCAAUCUGUUAAAAAGGUUGAGUAUUUAUAAACAUGGAAGUACGAUUUCAUAAUACAGUACUGAUGUUUUCUAUGCAGCGGCCUCAAUAGGUUAGGUGAAUUGCUUGAGUUUGUACAUUUCUAGUUAUGCAACAGUUGCAUUUUUUAUAAAGUCGCAAAUUGAGUGAAUGGCUGCGGUAUCGAGUGAAAAUAGCAACUUUUGCUAAGGACAUUGUACCUGGCUGGCUCAGAAGCUCAGGCUCACUCAAAAUUUAAAAUUACAGUACAGUGACACCUCAGCUUAUGAAUGCCUCUAUGUAUUUAUAAACUUUUUGGGUUACGGGCCCAAUUUCUUCGGAAAAUUGUAAUCGGAUAACGAACGUUGCCUCGGGAAAACGAGUUUGUUGAUACGCGUAUAGCCAACGUAGCGCAUGGUGGCACGACGAUUGCGCCUCAGUUUACCAGUGCCUCCCACCUAGUGACAAUCGUGCCUGAAUUCUUUGUAAAGAAUUAUAGUUUUUUUUUAUUUUUGGCUAUUUGAACAUAAAAUUUGUUAUUACAUACCUUGCCAUGGGUCCCAAGAAAGCCAGUAGUAAGGUUCAAGUCAAGAAAGCACAUGUGAGAAUGACCACAAGGAGUAGCAACAAGAGGCAGCUGAGGAAAUGUCUUCAGGGGAGGAGGAGGCAGAGAAUGUCCCUUCCUCAACAAUUGGGAAGUGGUGUAGGCUGUGGGAAGAAAUGCAAACUUUUGUUGAAACGACUCUCCCAGAACAAGCUGUAGUAGGCUGUUGCAUUAACCUUUUUAAUGACAAUGUGAUGCCUCACUAUAGACAAAUGUUACAACGAAGGGAAAAAAAAACCUCUAUGGAUCGUUUUAUAGUGAGAAAAUUAAGCAGUGAGCCACAAGUGAGCACGGGAAAUAUAAUUUUAAUUGCAUAUGUCUUUUUAUGAUUGUGAUAGGUAAGAAUCCUUAAUUCUUAACCAAACCGAUAUUUCUCUGUAAAUAUUGAGUUCCUUAUCAUAAUAAUUUGUGCUGUCAUUUAAGUCUUAUUUGUAUUCAAUAGGCUGUUGCAUUGUGAAAUCCUUAAUAUUUUAUUGUAUUGGUAAAAAUACUACUAAGAUUUAUUCUGUUUAAGAUGAUGAGCAGAAAUCAAAGUAAUUAUGUUCCUAAUAUUCAGAAGGCAAUAAUCCUAAAUUGUAAUGUAAUCAUCAUUUUUUUUUAUUCACAAAAAAGCUUUUAACCUACAGUUUUCAAAGUUACCACACACUGUGUCUCCCUAAGCAAUCCUGAUUAUCUUAAGGAUUACAUCUCGCACAAUCAGGGUAAGUUGACAUAUCUCUUGAUGAAUCUGGUUCCUUUUAUAUUGCUUAUCUUAUGUUGUUUUGGUCUAGUACAGUAUUGUCAUUCUGGAUGAUAUCUAGUGCUUAGACGGGCUUGAGUAUGUUUACAAGUACAGUACUCUUCUAGUAGUCAAUAUCGGAUGGAUUGAAAGUCUUCAGCAUCUCUCUAGUACAGUACUAGCCUUAAGACCAAAAGUAUGUCUGAAAAAUCUCCGUUGCUACGGUGCAGAAUGUUGACUUGCCCUGAUUGUUUUUAUCUGUGAGCAACCUAUCUGCUGACUUGAUUAAAAAAAUUUUUAAUGGAAUGACUAAUUUGUCAAAAUUGCAGGUGUUUCAGUUGAAAUUAAAAAUUGCAUCAAAUUGAUGAGUUUUCAAACUCAUUCUCAAAGGGUUAGGUUGCUUAGGUUCAAAUAUUUCUGGAUAGCUAAAUCAGUUUUAUUUUGUAGAGUGUCAAACUGUUAAAAUGAGCUGCUGUGGAACCAGUAGGAUCUCAUCUUGAGGGCCAAUCAAAUGUCCUGCACAUGAAAAGGGCUGUUCAUCAACACACAAUGUCUGAGUGUGUAGGCCGACCCCUUUAUGAAACUUUCUUGGUGUCAAAAAUUUUAUCUUCAGAUUCAAGCUUGUUCUGGUAAGAUUUCACAUGCAACUUAAAGUAUAGUUUCCUUUUCAGUUGAAUCAACCAUAUUUAGGCUUCUUUAAAUUGGCAUACAGUACAUAGUAAAAUUGGAAUCACUGUAUAGCCAUUCCAAAAUUGGUAAUUUUAUGUCAUACUGCCUUUUAAUCUCUUAAAAUGCACAUACCAUUUCUUGGGUUUUUAAUCCUUAGUGUGCAUAUCAUCCUGAGAAGUUUUAGCUGCAUGGCAACAUUUUAAAUUCCUACUGGUACAUGGUUUUUCUAAUUGGUAUUUAAAGCCUCCAGGAAACAUCUGACAUCUAUGAAAAAGUGAUUUAUAAUUUUGGGGGCAUUGUUCUGAUGCUCAGGGCAUGGUUUUCAAUAAUAUAGGAACACUAAAACCUUUUUUGUACAAUAUACUGUUUUUCUGUGUGCUUGCAGAUAAAGCCUGAUGUAACUUGUGGGAACUCCAAGGGUUAAUGCUUUAGGAUUAUCAUUGAUAGGUGCAGACUGAUUGGUAAAUUUUGUGCUUAACAAUAGUACCAUUUGCAUCUGACAGCUAAAGGUGCUUAAUUUAAUGCUCAAUAAAUUAAUUAUUAAAACUGAAUUAUUUCCCUUUCAAUAAUAUAUUCAAGGUUAACUGUUUUUGUAUGUGUGUGUGUGGACUUCAGAGUAGUUGGAUUUUACUGUAAUUCACGUAAUCACAUUGCACUGAGGUUCAAUCUUGAAAUCACAAGUACAGGUAUGUUGUCACUGCCCAGCUUUAUUUAAGUAAUUUAUAUAAAAAAAAAGGAAUUAUAUUACAGACAAAAUAUUCAGAUGUUAUUAUGUAUCAUAGGUGUGUGAAAUUAAAGAAGCUAUAAUAGCUAUUGUAUUUAGCUAAUCAAAAUUGUAAACAUUAUGUAAUUCAAUUUGUUUUUAAAUGAUGUGAAAAUGGAGGUUAAUUAACUCUGUGAAUUUUCUUUGAACCGAGAAAUAGUGUGCACAUGUAUUUAAAUGUUUAUAAAUAAUUUCUUUGCAAGCUGCUCAAAUCUUCUUCCAUUAGAAAGUAACGAAGUAAGCCUGGACACUUCUGACAUUUGUCAAUAUUAUUCUAUUCUUCUUCUUAAGUACUGAAGGACAUUCCAUGCUUUUUUCUUAUAUUAAAAGAAUAUUUAUCGUUCAAUAUUUAUGCAAAGCAGUAUAAUUCAAAUUAUUAGUCAGAUGAAUUAUACUAACUAAUCAACGUUAAAAAGGUUUGAAUGCAUUCUUGUGCAUUUAUUAAUAUUUAUCCACUAACGAACUUAACAAGAAGCAAAACUCAUGAACUAUAAUCUGAUACCACCACUUAUUUCCUGCCUCCCUCCCCCUUUCUUCUUUUUCUUGCCUUUAGUGAGCUACAAGAGAAAAAUUAGUUUGGGUAAAGUUAGUUUUGGCCCUGGGGAAUUUAGUAUGGCAUAAUAAAAUAUUGCAUUGGAUAAACAUUUUAGUGUCAAUAGGAUAAAAAGAAACAUCUUGGUUGGUACCAAUCUUCAUUCAUUUGUAAGCAAGCUUUACUUAUUUUCUCAGUUUGUUUAUUUGUUAAUGACAAUAGUCUUGCUCUUCUUUAGAUUAUGGUUAUGAAGUAAGCUUAAAACUAAAUUUCAGUAGCCUGGGAUUAGAAUAGCCAUGCCACUGGUCCACAUCAAUGACCUUUCUUUAGUGAGGGCAUUUACCCGUGCAUUUAGCAAAGUGAGUUCCUAAAUCUUCAGAUAAACUGUAUAAUAUUAGUUUUAAGGGACCUGCUAGGGUUUUAAACUAUUUUUACUAUGAAAUACAGUGUAAACCAUAAAUGCUUGAUAUGAUGCACUGUAAUAUAACAUGACCAAUGUGGCAAAGCUUAUGUUGCAUCAUUUUUAGCACAUAGUACUUAAUACAAUUAAACUUUAAUUUUUACCUUUAAGCAUUUUGAGUCGUAUGCCCCCCUUGAUAAAAUCCUUGGUGAAACUGAUACCUGUGGCAUCACUCGUCUUAUAUUUUUCUGCUCUGAUAUUGAUUCCUAGAAACUUGAAUAUUCUGUGAUGCAGACGGUGUAAUAUAGCCCUUUGCUUGAUGCUUUCAUUUGAUAAUUACUCAAAAUAAUUAAAACAUUCCUCUAACAUAACUUCAUCUUGCAGAGUUUAUCACACAAGUGUAUUAUAAUUAGCCUCAAGUAGAUAUAACGAACGGGAAGUAAAAUACAUAAUCAAAAGUAAUACUGUAUACAUAAUAUACUGAAUAGUAUAUUGGAAAAUGAGGAAAAGAAGGAAUUUCGUCGACAGAUUUAGUAUGAACAAAAUCAAAGAAACCAUGAUGCAGCACUUGCAUGAAAUAUUAGAGCAGGUUUAAUUUUGUUUUGCAAAUACUGUACCAGGAAAAUUUAGUUCUAGGAAUUAUAUACAGUAUGUACGGGGAAAAAUUAAGAUUUGCCACAUUACUUCCACCUACACAUAAUUAUUCUUGUUUUAUCUGCUAUUUUAUUUCAUGUUUACUUGUGAUGAUAAAACUUAGAUAGAAUUGUUUAGAAAUCGUGUUGACUCUUUUCAGUGUCAUAAAUAAUUUUAAGGUAAAUUAAAUGUCUGAAAAAGAUUUUAAAGGAGCUCCUAGCCUCUUAAAUGCUGGAUAAUUUCCAGAAGCAAGAUAUCAAAGACAUGUAUAAAUAUAAUUUGGCUGUGGUAAGUUAAGAUGUAUGUAUUUCAUAACCAUCGGCAUGUGUCAUUUUGAAUUGUUUGCUAAAAUUAACAAGAAAUAUCAAGCUGUGUAAAAUAUGUACUAUUGUUCAUUUUCAUUACACCAUUUUCUACUUCCAUGAGGAGAAGGGGGGAAGCAGCAGUCCUCAGAAUAAAGAGUUAAUAUUAUAAUGAAAGUUUAUAAACAUUAAAAAUUAAAUAUAUCAUCAUAUAGUAUUGAUAUUUAAACAAUAUGGGGUAAUAGGAUAAAACUGUAUGCAUUUUCAUGAUCCCUAUACAACCAUUUUCUUAUUUUGGAUAUUAAUGCUACACAUUCUAGUAUCGUUGUUUUCUGCAGAUAUUUUAAUGACUAAAAAACAUGUUAUCCGAUCAAACAAUUUGAAAAUUGACCUAAGUCGAUUUUCAGAGUCGUUGAAAAUCGACGACUCUGAAAAUCAUUUAACCAUUCAAAAGAAACUCUUGAAAUACAUGAGCACAGUGUAGGCAGAGCUUAUCAGAGGAUCACCCAAAAACCACCUGGGCUAACCACUUCGUAACUCAAAACGAUAAUCACUCUGCCUUUGUGUAUUUUCUCAUUCUAUCCAAAUUACCUGAUGGAAUAUUGGAAUACUGUAUUUGUAAGUUAUGUUCAUAAACCGAUCAUAUGUGCACAUUUCCAUGUACGUUUUAUUUAUUUAUGAUGAAAAUGAACAUUGAAAUGCUUAUAAAUAUUUGUAUGUUCAGGGAAAUUUGUCAUUUGUACACAACUCGAGUAAUUGUAUUUUAGGUUUAUGAGUAGCUAGUGAAUCUUGAUUGACGUCACUCAACUGAGGUCUUUCUGGUCUCAUAUUAGCACCCUGAACACCACUGUCUACGGCCUUUUCAAUAUUCUGUGAUUUGAUGCUUUAUAGCCUUCCUUCCUUAGUGUUUUUCUUUUAAGAAUUGCUUAUAACAUCAGAAAUUUGUACCUGUUGUUCUCAUACUUUAGUACACUAUGCAAAAGGCGGUAUCUUUAGCACCUUUUGCAUAUCCUGUAAUGUUAAUGGUGCUACAUAGUCUUCCCAACUCGGCACCUCUUGAUAUUUGCUUAAGACUAUGUUGCCUUGAUAUUUUGAAUUUACUAGUGCUCAAAUGUUAUACAGUAUUUGAUUCUAAAAUGACCUAUUUUUGACCCAUUUUUUAUCAUUAAAAUAAUGUUUAAUUGUGAACACUUUUCAGAAAAAAAAAUCUGGAAAAAUAUGACAAGAGAGAUACUAGAAUGAUAUUUAUUAAAUUUAAUUUUUGGUUGAAAUUUAGUAGCCAUUAUUAACACUAUUGAAAAUAUUCUGCACACUAUUUCUCACGUUGAAAAGAAAUUGAGGUUUUUGUAUAAACAUUUGUCUAUCUUCCUGUAUUAUGCUUGACAGUGAGGUCCUAUAUCCUUCACUCUUGAAAAUGCCUUAAAAUAUGUAUACGAUGUCUUACAUACUUCUGAACAAUUAUUUUUCAAGAAAUAUUGGAUUUAUUUAUUAUGCAUAUCAUUCAUUAUAAUAAUGUGUUUACAAAUUUUCUUUUUGCUAUUUUUCAUAAUGUUAAACUUUCCCUAUUAAAUAAUUUGAGUUUUUUCAUUAUAAGAACCAUUGGAAUAUAUUCUGGAGAAGGACAUUUGCACUUUAUUAAAGCUUGCUAACAGCAUCAUUGGCUGGCGAGGAGUCACAAUAACGUGGCUGAAAAUGUUGACCAAACCACACACUGGAAAGUGAAGGGACGACGACGUUUCGGACCGUCCAGGACCAUUAUCAAGUCAAUUGUGAGAAUGGUCCAGGACGGACCGAAACAUCAUCGUCCCUUCACUUUCUAGUGUGUGGUCUGGUCAACAGCAUCAUUGGCAUUUGAGAAUGACAUUCCAAAAUUCUAAAUUGUAUCAUUGUGACUGUAGGCUGCUUUUAUAUUUUCUCUCUCAUAUAUAUUGCUUUGGCUGUAUCACAAUCUCCUUCAGUCUUGGGAUAUAUUAUUUUAUAUUUUACUCAUGUUGCCAAAUGCUCUUUAUUGUGUUCGUGCGGCUUGGAAUGAGCGCAUAUUUAUUAGGGUGCUUUAAGAAUAUAUGUACAGAACCGUA